AUUCAAGUUCCGGCUGCAUCGUCCUCUGGAAACUACAACCAUGGGCAGUGUUUUGGCUGCCAGCUCCCCCAACCCACCACCACCAGCCCCCGGCACUGCCGCUGCCCCCGGGUUGACGGUGCCGCCGGGCUUUGGGAUGCCUCCAGUUUCCCCAGUCAUACCCCAGACUGGGGCGACUUCUGGACAGCAGCAGGAGGCAGAAAACCCUCUGCCCAACCCGGGCACGUUUGAUGAGUGUCAUCGCAAAUGCAAAGAGGUGUUUCCUAUGCAGAUGGAAGGCGUCAGGCUAGUUGUGAACAAAGGCCUUAGCAACCACUUCCAGGUGAAUCACAAUGUGCUGCUGAGCACCACCGGAGACUCCAGCUACAGGUUCGGUGCUACGUAUGUUGGCUCGAAGCAGACUGGUCCAGCAGAGUUCUUCCCAGUCAUGGUGGGCGACAUGGACAACAGCGGCAGCCUUAACGCUCAGAUCAUCCACCAGAUCAGCAGCAGAAUACGAUCCAAAGUGGCCUUCCAGACACAACAACACAAGUUUGUAAACUGGCAAGGCGACGCAGAGUUCAGGGGAGAAGAUUUUACUGCGACCGUAACACUCGGAAACCCAGACGUCCUCGUCAGCUCUGGUAUCAUUGUCACACACUACCUCCAGUCCAUAACGCCGGCUCUGGCUCUGGGAGGGGAGCUGGUUUACCACCGCCGGCCAGGAGAGGAGGGCUCCGUGAUGUCUUUGGUGGGCAGAUAUACAGGCAGCAACUACAUCGCCACGUUGACACUCGGCUCAGCGGGAGCUCAUGCGUCGUACUACCACAAAGCCAACGAUCAGCUGCAGGUCGGAGUCGAGUUCGAGGCGAGCGGCCGGAUGCAGGACACCAGCGUAUCGUUUGGCUACCAGCUAGAUGUGCCUAAAGCUAAUUUACAGUUUAAAGGUUCAGUAGACAGUAACUGGAUAGUCGGCGCGACGUUAGAAAAGAAGCUGCUGCCGUUGCCGCUCUCCCUGGUACUCUGCUCCUUCCUCAACCACCGCAAGAACAAGUUCCAGUGCGGCUUUGGCGUCACCAUCGGUUAGAAUUCGGCCGGACGACGGGGUAGUCGGACCCCACGGACGGACGGACGGACGGACGGACGGACUCGCUUCGGACGAACAGACUAUGCCGUGUACACUGCUGUGCCCCAUCAUCUCAGUCUGUCGCCAUGUUGUCGGUUUCCCCAGAUCCUGUUUCAUCUCAUGUGGUGAAUAGAAGCUAAUAAUGUAAAUCUACUCUCGAUCUUUAAUCCUAAAAGAUGAAUCGCCUGAAGGAUCAGUAGCGUAAUGACGAAUGUGAUCGGUCAGGAAUUUGUUGACUGUGGACUCGGACACACAAACCCAUAGACGACAGCACGACGGAGUGACGGAGCUCUUUGUCUCUGAGUUCGGUGCCUGUCACGUUUGGUUUCCAGGUUUGAGUUUUAUUCCAGUCUUUCUUUUUGUUUUGUUUUGUUUUUUUUACUGUAAAGUCUGUCUUGGUGUGCAGUGAAUGAAAUCGUUGUCAUUUGCUUGUUAAACGGUUUAUUGGUUACAGGAGAGUUUAUCAGCUGUUAGGAAGGAGCGUACUGUACUGUACUGUAUGUCAUGUUCACAAUCCAUCACUUGUUUUGUUGCCUUUUUUUUAACGUUACAUGCAUAUGGAACAGUAUAUAUGACCUGUAUAUACCUCUUGGAAACUGAUAAAUUCAAUUUCUUACAAAAAACGG